AUGAGUUUCUUGAAGCUUCAUCCAGAUUUCGACCAUCUCACAGGCCCAAAUCCGAGAAUUAUACUAUCUCUCGAGAACAACGCAUAUCCCUUUGCUCACGAGGCCGGAGUCUACAUCCCAUCCAAAAACCAAGUUUUCAUCACCAGCAAUCUGAUUACAGAAAACCAAAACACGCCGAGAAUUCAAAUUUCAAAGAUCACAUUGCAUCCAGAUGGAACCAGCUCGCAGGAAGAAAUCCAUCCCGAUAUUCCCAUGGCCAACGGUGGAGUGAAUUAUCGCGACGGGGUCUUAUUCUGUAGUCAGGGAACUGCUACACAACCAUCGAGUCUUGUAUGGAUGAAAAUUGAAGAACCUUACCAAUGCGAGACUAUAAUCGACAGUUUCUACGGUCGUCAAUUCAACUCCCUCAAUGACGUUGUUGUUCAUAGUGAUGGAUCGAUUUGGUUUACGGACCCGAUUUAUGGAUUUGAGCAGAAUUUUAGACCGCGGCCUCAGUUACCCUCGCAGGUGUAUCGGUAUGACCCUGGGACAAAGUCGAUUCGAGCCAUGGCGGAUGGAUUUGAGCGGCCUAAUGGGAUUUCAUUUUCGCCUGAUGAGAAAGUAGUGUAUGUUACGGACACUGAUCUUGUACAUGGAGAUGGAAGUAUAGAUUUGCACAGAGUAUCUACGAUCUACGCGUUCGACGUAGUGCACAGGCAUGGUCAACCAUUCCUCACUAACCGCCGACUCUUUGCCAUGGCAGACAACGGGAUUCCGGACGGCAUCAAAUGCGAUCUCGAAGGAAACGUGUACAGUGGCUGUGGAGAUGGUAUUCAUGUUUGGUCCCCCGGGGGUGUGCUCCUGGGCAAAAUGCUUAUACCGGGUGGUGUUGCCAACUUUUGCUUCACUCGGCCUGGGGAGAUUAUCGCCUUGAAUGAAACCAAGUUGUGGAGGGUGUCGUUGGCUCCAUCAUGCCAAGGGUCGCUUCUCAUGCUGUAG